AUGCCGUUUGGAUUGUGCAAUGCUCCAGCAACGUUUGAAAGGUUGAUGGAGCUUGUACUUACCGGGCUAAUUGGAGAUUCCUGUCUGGUUUACUUGGAUGACAUCAUCAUCGUAGGCCGUACGUUUGAGGAACACCUUCAAAACCUGGAACGCGUGCUCAUGAAGAUCCAGAGUGCCAACCUCAAGUUGAGUCCGAAGAAAUGCUCACUAUUCAAACGGCAAGUUAGCUUUUUGGGGUAUGUAGUGUCGGAAGAAGGUAUCCGCACGGAUCCAGUGAAAAUUGCCGCUGUCAAGGAUUGGCCGGUUCCAAAAGACAAGACACAGGAGCUCAAGAACCGUCUGUGCAAAACAUCUAUUUUGGGGUACCCUGAUGCGGGCAAGGAAUUUAUAGUUGACACAGACGCAAGUGAUAUAGGACUUGGCGGUGUGUUGUCUCAACGGAAUGGUGAUCAAGAAAUUGUGAUAGCGUACUUCAGCAAGUCGUUUUCAAAGCCGGAAAGGAACUAUUGUGUCACAAGACGGGAAUUGCUUGCUGUGGAAUACGACUUUGUGAUCGAACAUCGCAGCAGGAAAUCUCAUGGCAAUGCAGAUGCAUUGUCAAGAAGACCUUGCCCUGAAGAUUGCAAGCAUUGUUCUAGGCAAGAGGGUAAAGAAGUGGUAUCUGUGAGGAUGCUCAGGACAGACCAGAUCAGCAAUGAGUGGAAGGACAGCCUACAACAUGCACAGCAGGAAGAUUCGGACAUUAAGCCGAUUCUGGAAUGGAUGAAGGCCAGUGCUCCUAAGCCCAAGUGGAGCGACGUCUCAGCAAUGAGUUCGACCACGAAAAGCUAUUGGGCCCAAUGGGACAGCUUGCUGAUUCAGGAUGGAGUCCUGUGCCGUAAAUGGGAAAAUGGUCGGGGAGACAGAUGUCAUUUGCAAAUGGUUGUCCCUAAGGCUAAAGUACCGGAUGUUCUACAGCUGUACCAUAGUGGUUGUUCAGGAGGCCACCUGGGAGUUAAACAAAUUCUACUGAAGAUCCGAGAACGGUUUUACUGGGUCCACUGUCGUGACGAUGUCGAGAACUGGCGCCGCAAAUGUACAAGUUGUGCGGCUGUAAAGGGAGCUCAAACUCGUAGUAGAGGCGCAUUGAAAUUGUACAAUGUUGGUGAACCAUGGGAGAGGAUAGCCAUUGACGUUGUGGGGCCGUUUCCGGAAAGUGAAAGUGGUAACAAGUAUUUCAUGGUUGUGAUGGAUUACUUCACUAAGUGGCCAGAAGUUUUCGCCAUUUCAAAUCAAGAAGCUUCAACAGUUGCAGAUUAA